AAAAACCCAUCAGUCGGUGUUCAAUUUUCAUUUGAUUUACACGUACUAUUUGUCCAAAACUUGUGCUUCAAAAAAUGGCUGAUGAGACCGAUAGGAGUCCUUCAGGGAAAGAAAAAAAGUUCAAAACUGAUGGUGAAGCCAAUGUGGAACAAGACUUUUUCAAGAAAGCCAAUAAAACACCUGAGUGGCUAAAUAAUGAAUAUAUAGAGAAAGCUCUGCGUCAAUACGAAUACGAUCCAAAUCUACAGAUCACUGCGUGCGAAAUUGUUCCCGCCACAAAAGUGGGAGAUAAUUUUGCAAGUGUCAUCUUCAGAGCCAAUAUCACGUAUGUAACAAAAGGAAAGACCGUUACUACAACACUUAUAAUGAAAGUUGCGGAUAGUCAAAAAGCUUUCAUGCAGGAUGUACCACUAUUCCAAACGGAAAUCAAUAUUUACCUGAAGGUUUUACCGGAAAUGCAGAGACUCCUUAAUCAAUUGGGCGAUAAGGACAUCAUGUUUCCCAAGAUGAUUUAUCACCACAUCAAUCCCGAUAUAAUAAUCCUCGAGGAUAUUGCUUCCAAGGGAUAUGUGAUGCGCCACAAGCCAAUGAAUUUAGAAAAUACGAAAAAAGUUGCUGAAAGGCUAGCUAAAUUCCACGCAUUAUCCUUUUAUUUGUACCACGAGGAGAAGAAGGAACUCGAUGAUUUCAAAUUUGGUCUUGUUACAACAGCCACAUUGGAUACAAUGAAUUUUUUUGCAGAUGGAUUCAUGAGAGCUGUACGAUGCGCAAAAGAAUGGGAAGGAUUUGCUGAAAUUGCCGAGAAGAUGGAGAAAUUUGGACCUCAUUUGAUGAAAAAAAUACGCGAUGUCUACAUUGUGGAUAAAUCAGAGGGAGCCUUCAACGUUCUAAACCACGGGGACUUUCAUAUUAAAAAUUUGCUUUUUAUCAACGGUGAAAAUGACGAUGUUCAAAAAGUUUCUUUUAUUGAUUUUCAAAUUUCCGUCUGGGGCACCCCUGCCAUUGAUCUAAUGUAUGUCCUUUACGUAAUUGCAUCUACCGAAGUAAGGGAUAACCAUGCAGAUGAACUCAUCAUGUUGUACCACACAAAAUUCUGCUCUAUUCUGAAACAAUUGGGAUACCUCAAAAAACCACCGAGUCUGCUUAAUUUAAAUGUUGAACUGUUAAAGAAUGGAGUCCUUGAAAUCAUUCUGUCCUGCCAAUUCAUGGCAAUGUUUUAUAUGGCUUUCGAAAGCUUAACACCAGAGCAAAUGAGUGACAUGGAAUUGCUGAGCAAGAAGAUUUACAAUGAAUCAGGAAUGCGACCAAUUCUCGAAAAGCUCUUCGUAAAAUUCCUUCACAAAGGAUACUUUGAAGUAUAAAUAGUUUUUGUGCUCUAUUCAAUUUAUGUAUAAAAUUUGUCGCUUUUAUUAUUGUUGAUUUAAGUAAAAUUUAUGUGCAUGUAUAUUAAUAAAAAAAAAUGUGAAUGAA